AUGGAUAAGUCCACAGCAAACGGAAAGAAGGUAGCGUCACACGAAUUGCAGUGGAACUCACGCUAUUGUCUCUUUGUUUCUGCAGCAUGUGUGGUUGUUGUGUCUCUAGUAGAACAACUUACUCAGUUCCAUAAUUCCACAAUUUCAGCUUCCAUGGAAAAACUCUGCAACUACUUGCCAGAUGAACUACAUUUGAAAAUGAUCUGCCAAAAUGUAUUUCAUUACUUUGGAGCUAGUAUCAUCAAACUACUUCUCCAUGAGAUUAAUGCAGAUGUGGUUUGCUACGCCAUCAAGCUGUGCAAACAGGAUCCCAAACAAGGAGUCUGCCACAUCUACAGGUAUACAAAGGAGAGACUUCAUAAGGAUAUGAAGAAAGCUAAAUGGAUUGUAAAAGACUCUAAAGACUUGAUUAAAAUGGAAGCUCUUCCUGGCAUUUGCACACUGAAAGCUGUGAAAUGGUUGUGCCAACAGAUUGAGGAAUCACUUAAGAAGCACAUACCACUUGAAGACUUUGAUCAGGAUGACUUUAGUGAUAUCCCGAUUAAGGUAAGUCCUGUUGAGCCAAAUCCCUUACGUAGUGGAGACUCAGACAACAUAUUUUCACAAAGAGUAAUACGUAAUUUGACUUCUUUUGAUUUCCAGACAUUUAGGGGAUACCACUGGAGAGGAAGAGACUGCAAUGAUGGAAACAAUAGAAUCUAUCCAGGAAGAAGGCCAACUGAUUGGGACAAGCAUAUGGAUUCAAACUGCAAUGGGAUCUGGGGUACAGAUCCAGAAGAUGGUGUUCCAUAUGAAAAGAAAUUCUGUGAAGGUUCUGAGCCAAGGGGCCUUAUUCUACUGGGUGAUUCAGCAGGAGCUCAUUUCCACAUUCCUCCUGAGUGGCUAACAGCAACACAGAUCUCUGCAAAAGCGUUUGCAAAUCUACCACUCGCACUCAGUAAUGAGCUUGACUGGCCUCAGUUUUCAUCCUACACUGGAUUCCAGAGCUCCACUAUUGGGGGCUGGACAGAAUCAUUAUAUCUUUAUCUGCGUAAACGAAACCACUGUAACCAUAGGGACUACCAGAAUAUUGCAGCAAAUGGAGGAUCUUCAGGCAAUGUUAAUCGUACCUUGAAAAGCUUGGCUAGAGAGCCCCUCCAGGAUUAUCCUGUAGUGGUCGUGUAUGAGAUGAUUGGAAAUGACGUAUGUAACAGAGCUUCAGACACAGUAGCCCGCAUGACCACUCCAGAGGAAAUGAGAAAAAAUAUUAUGUUCACCCUCAACUAUUUAAAUUCUCAUCUUCCUAAGCACAGUCAUGUUAUAUUGCUUGGGCUUGCUGAUGGGCGCUUUCUAUGGAACUAUUUACACCACCGAUAUCAUCCUCUAGGUCAGUUGAACAAAGAUAUUACAUAUGCACAGUUUUACGCCUUUAUGGACUGUCUUCAGAUCAGUCCUUGCAAAGGCUGGAUGUCUUCCAAUGAAACACUCCGUAACAUCACAUCUGAGAGAGCUAUGCAGCUAUCCAGUGUGAUGAAAGAAGUGUCAGAAACUGUAGCCUUUGCUAAUAUUAAAGUACAUUAUGUAGACUACCCACAGAAACAAGUUAAGAAGAAGUGGCUUAAAAUGGGCGGAGAGUAUUGGCAGCUGAUUGAGCCUGUCGAUGGAUUCCAUCCUAAUCAGAUUGCCUUAGCACUUGGUGCAGAAGCCCUAUGGCAUGAAGUUCAAAAGAAGUGGCCUGAAGUGUUUGGAAAGAAAAAUCCAUACAACAAAAAGAUUGAAAAAAUAUUUGGAGACCAAGGUGGUUAUUAAGAUAAGCAAGUACUGUAUCUGAAGGUCUCCAUCACCAAUGCACUCAAAAUCACCUUCAGUAAAAUGUGCAUGUGAUAUACAGUAUUGCAAUUCCUUCUAAAAUCAUGCUAAAAGAUAUAACACACAGGUCCUAGAUCAGAAGAAACUGAGCACAAAAAGGAGCCUAGCAUCUUCUAUUUUGCAUCAUUAGAGUGUCACCAAACAUAUAAAUUAUUUACUCUACAUACCACCACUUACCUUAUAACUUGCACAUAUUAAUCUGUAUAGUUCCUGAAGAAGUCUUAAUGUUUCUAAAGACAUGAUGUACCCCAUGCCAGCCUUUGUAGUGGGUAGAACCAAAGCUUGUAUGCAGAUUAUAACACCACACUUUCAGUAAUGACCUCAUGUUUGUGCAUGGUGGGUAAUAUCAGUAUUAUUACUGCAUCAUGUUAUCUAAAAUAGUGUCUUUAAGCUGACACUAUAAGAACUAUUAAUAAAAGUAAAUUCCAAGGCAUUAAAUUAUGUAGCUGAAAACAAAACUGGAGAGCAGUGUUUGCAUAUGUACAUUAGCAUCACCUGGGCAUGUGCAAAUUCAGCAGCUGCAAGCUUCACUGACAAAAUGAAAUACUUCAUUAUAGGUUCAUCUCUAAGAAAGGUAUUUUAACUGUUUACUGAAUCAGUAGUAAAAUGUCCAGUAAUUGUCAUUUAUUACCACUGACAAAAUUAGAGGAAGCGUGGGUGUGCGUGCGUAUGUGCGUACACAUGUGCAUUUUUAAUUUGAAUAUAACCUGAUACAAGAUGAAGCACUGGCUCCAACACUGGUUGGCUUGACAUACAUCAUGCAAUUACUACCUAAACUGCCUCAGCUGUGCAAGCUUGUAAGGUAAAAAAAUAAUAAAACACAGAGUAAACAGUUUAUAUUUUGAGUUUUCCUUUAAGAAACAGGUGCUAUUGUUUUCUUUGUUUUAAUACAGUAUUUGUAUUUAAGUAACUUUCUGCUCAUGUCACAUGACAUGCUGAACUGUUGUUUCCCUUUAACACACUGGACUAUUUAAGACGUGGUUUCUCACCAUAGUUGCCUUUUCUUACAAUGCUGAAGCAAAAUAUUACAAUUUGUUACUGUAACUGUUUUAUUUAAUUCUCUUCUGACAAUAAAGUUUGUGUUCAGUUCUUUGCA